GUUGCUCAGCGUUGCUUAAUCCUUCAUUCCCUUCAUUCUCCCUGCUUCGUCUUCUUACUUCUCACCUAAAGAAAGGUGAUGGAAAAGGAAAAGCAAAAGGAGGAGGAGUCUCCAAAAGAACUUCCUUCAGAUGUGCUGUACUUAAUUAUCGAGAAAUUUGAUAUUGAUGACCUAUUUUCUUUUCGGAAAGUCUGCAAGCAUUGGAAGAUGACCUCAGAUUAUUGGUCCGAUUUCAUGGCGUCUGAUUCCCCAUUGAUUGUUCAAAAGACACCUAAUGCUGAAAGAUCAUGUUCUUUCUAUAGCAUACCUGAAGCAAGAACGUUCGAUACUUCGCUUUCCUGCUUUAAUGGGUUCUCCUUUGCAAGAUUUUCUAGUGGAUAUAUGAUAAUGGUAGGUGAUAAACCAGAUUUACUACUCAUAAACCCUUUUGCAAGAAAGAGGAUAGAAAUCCCAAAGCAAGACGAUCUAUUUAGUGUUAAAAAUAGUUCUUUUAAAAAAGCCAUUGUGGCAAACUCAUCAUCAUCAUCAGAAGAGUUUAUCGUUGUGAUCUUGAAUGAUCAUGAAUUCAAUGAAUCCAAUAUGCUUGUGUAUCAAUCUCGAGUCCGAAAUCCGGCUAUUUAUUCUUCAAGGGAUAAUGGGGAUCGUUUCAACGUGGAUGAUGUGGUAGUUUUUCACAAAACUAUAUAUGCCAUUACUAGAGAUGCUGAAAUAGGAGUAGUCAUGUUAGAGCCUCAAGGAUUGAGAUUUCUGAAUCUGAUGAACAACCCUGAGAAUUAUGGGUUACUCAAGUUAGUUAACUCAAAUGAUGAUCAGCUUCUAGUGGUUAACCAUCUUCCGUAUCCACGUUUUGAAAUUUACAUGAUAGAUUUCUCUGCAAGGACUUGGAUCAAGCUCAGAACAUUGGGAGAUCGUUCGUUAUUUUCAGUUAAGUGCAAUCCAAAGUGUUAUGCAUUGAGUAAUCCAGCUAGGUGGGGAUUUCGAAGCAACUGUUUCUAUCGUCUCAGCAGUUGUUAUCCAAAAUGCGAGGUCUUUUCCAUGGAUGGGCAGUUCAUUGAAACCAUCUCAAUUCCUGAGUAUCCAGUUCCUACUAAUACUACAUCUCAGUUGUUGAAUUAUGAUUGGUGUUUUCGACCUCGACGUGAUGUUGUGGAUUAUGGUAAUCUCAUAGAAUCAUUGUCUCAUUAA